GGUGAAGGACCUGCCUUGAGAAUAAUGGAAGAUAACACUGACCUGGAUCUUUUGACUUCCUUGCUGGAGGAAAAUGAAGCUGCUGAAAGCAGCGGUUCACACCUCUCUGAUGCUUCACACGAGCCUGAUGCAUUUGACGAAUUAUUUGAUGGCAACGAAGAAGGGUCUUACCAUGAAAGUGACAGUGGAGCUGAAGAACGGGACACCGAGGUGCAAGAAGAUUUUAAUACACUGUUUGGUGAUAUUGAUGAUCUUGAAGAUGAUCUACCUCCUCUUCCAAACAAUACACAAACCCCUUCACCCACUCAGGAAAAAUCUAAAAAGGAACUGGAAGAGGAACUGAGAAAGAUGCAGGAACAGAUGAAGAAGCUGCAGGAACAGCUUCAGCAUACAGAGAUUGCUCAGUCACCAAGCUCUACAUUGCCUCGGAAACCGCCAACCAGCAACAUGAGGAUAGCAGCACCAAAAUCACAAUGCGGUCCUUUGAAGGAGAGGAAUGUUAAAGCUAUGCAGGAGUCCAGUACAUUUGCUGAUCAACUUGUCAGCCCAUCUACCUCAAAUAGAAAACACCAGGAAACUGCUAAAAGAAAGCUUCCAAUGUCCGAGAAUAAUAGCCCUCCUCAGAAGAAAAUUCCACAAUUAUCUAAGGUUGGUAAACCUAGCCCUGCAGCAGUAGCGUCAUCUCAGCCCGCUCCCAGCAAACCCACUACCAGCCAACAGAUGUCUGUGGAAAAAUUCUCUGGACUACGGCUCAGGAAACCCCGCGUGUCGUCUCUAGAAAUGGAGAGGAAAAUGGGUGGAAGAAAACUGAUCAAACUGUUCCAAUUACAAAACAAAAUUGCAACAGAAAAGCUGGAGGAGCAAGAUUGGGUUACAUUUGGUGUAAUUGUCAAGAAGGUUACCCCUCAGAGCUCUAAUAAUGGCAAAACAUUCAGCAUUUGGAGACUGAAUGACUUGAAAAAUUUAGAUACAUGUGUAUCUCUGUUCUUGUUCGGCGAUGUACACAAAGAGCACUGGAAAACAGACCAGGGAAUGGUCAUUGGCAUUUUAAAUGCUAAUCCCAUGAAACCAAAAGAGGGCUCAGAUGAGGUGUGCCUGUCUGUUGACAACCAGCAGAAGAUCUUGUUAAUGGGAGAAGCAAUGGAUCUGGGAACAUGUAAAGCUCGUAAGAAGAAUGGUGAUGCUUGCACACAAAUGGUCAACCUGAAUGAUUGUGAGUACUGUCAGUAUCAUGUGCAAGCUCAGUACAAGAAGGUGAGCGCCAAACGAGCAGACCUGCAGUCAAGUUAUUCUGGACACGUUCCUAAGAAAAUGGCUAGGGGAGGAAACGGCCUGAAAGAUAAAUUGUGCCAGAGUGGCUUUCACUAUGGUGGUGUGUCCUCUAUGGCAUAUGCAGCUUCAAUUGCAGCAGCCGCAGCACCUAAGAAAAGCAUCCAAACGACUCUAUCCAAGAUGGUAGUUAAAGGAGCAGAUGCCAUAGCACUGCAAGCAAAACAAAAAUUAGCUGCUGCAAGUAAAAACCCUGUGCAGUGCUCAGAUGACUUGAAGGAGCUUUUAACUAUACCAACUUCAGGAGCCCUGAAUCUCAAUAAGCAUUUGACUGGCAUGAAAAUGCAAGCAACCAACACUAAACUUGGAUCAUCUAUUCAGUCUCUUUCGGCUUCGGAAAUUUUGAAACAGCAGAAACAGCAGUUGUUGGAUGUAAGAAAGAGGAGAUCGGAGGAAAUCCAGAAAAGGUUUCUUGAAAGCACAAAUAAAACAGAACAGUCCAGUUCAGCUGCAAGUGCUGGGCAGACCGCUUUUCAAUCUCCGAAACAAGCUGUGGAGUUCCCCAAAGCCCAGAAGAUGUCCACCCCCAAGUUAGGUCGCGGUUUUACAGAGGGAGACGAUAUUCUCUUCUUUGAUGUGUCUCCUCCCUCUGCCUGCAAACUAAGUGCUUCUGCUAAAGCAAAAAAGAUUGCUGCUCUCCGGAAAUUGCAAGCAAAAGGGCAAAUGCCCACAAAAGAAGAUCCUAACAGUAUCAAGAGAAAGCGUUCCAGCUCACUGGACAUUGAGCAAGUGGCUGAAAGGGCAAAUGGAGAUUCCGUGUCACCUGAAGCUGAUGAAGAAGAACCAGCCACGAAGAGACAAAAGGAACAACUUGCUUAUUUACAGUCUGAGGAGUUCCAAAAGAUUCUAAAAGCCAAAUCAAAGCAUACAGGUGUCCUGAAGGAGGCUGAAGCAGAAAUGCAGGAACAAUAUUUUGAACCCCUUGUGACGAAAGAACAACUGGAAGAAAAGAUGAAGAGCAUAAGGGAGCAAAAGUGUCGUGUAGUGACCUGCAAAACAUGCAAGUACACUCACUAUAAACCCCUAGAUACCUGCGUAAGUGAAAAUCAUGACUUCCACUGGCAUGAUGGUGUGAAACGUUUCUUCAAAUGUCCAUGUGGUAACCGAACAAUCUCUCUAGACAGACUUCCCAAGAAGAGCUGCAGCACCUGCGGGUUGUUCAAAUGGGAAAGAGAUGGCAUGCUUAAGGAAAAACGAGGUCCAAAAAUUGGAGGGGAAACGCUGCUACCAAGAGGAGAGGAACAUGGCAGAUUUCUCAAUAGCCUUCAAUAGAUGGGGUA